AUGGUACGUGAAGGUAUAGUCUUGGGGCACAAGGUGUCCAUAAAUGGUUUUCAGGUGGAUAAAACAAAGGUGGAUGCGAUUGAAAAAUUGCCCCCACUGACAUCCGUCAAGGGCAUUCGCACUUUCUUGGGCCAUGCAGGUUUUUAUCGUCGUUUCAUUAAAUAUAUUUCGAAAAUUUCUUCUCCUUUGUGCAAGCUUCUUGAUAAAGAUAUCCCCUUCAAGUUUGAUGAUGCCUGUUUGAAAGCAUUUGAGGAUCUGAAGGGAAGGUUGGUGACUACACCAACUAUCAUUGCCCCAGAUUGGGCGCAGCCAUUUGAGUUGAUGUGCGAUGCAAGUGACAUAGCAAUCAGAGUUGUUUUGGGGCAAAGGAGGGAUAAAAUAUUUCACUCCAUUUAUUAUGCGAGCAAAACUCUAAAUCCAGCCCAGAUGAACUACACAGUUACUGAAAAAGAGUUACUUGCAGUGUUGUGGGCGUUUGACAAGUUCAGAACCUAUCUAGUAGGAACAAAAGUAAUCGUCUACAUAGAUCAUUCAGCUAUCAGAUACUUGUUUGAAAAGAAAGAUGCCAAACCGAGGCUGAUUCCUAAAGGGGGGUCUAUCAAAGAAACAUUUCCUGAUGAGCAGCUAUUAGCAAUCACCUCAAAUGAAGCCUCGUGGUAUGCAAAUUAUGUGAAUUUUAUUGCAAGUGGGGUGACACCACCAGAAUUGACGCCCGAUAAUAGAAGAAGGUUCCUACAUGAUGUGAGGCUCUACCUGUGGGAUGAGCCAUUCCUAUAUAGGCAGUGCGCAGAUCAGUUGGUACGAAGAUGUGUCCCUGAGGAAGAGAUGAAUGCAAUACUGCAUGACUGUCAUGCUUCGCCAUAUGGAGGUCAUCACAGUGGGGAUGAAACCGCCCAAAAAGUGCUACAAUCAGGUUUUUAUUGGCUAAAACUGUUUAAGGAUGCAUAUGCCUUUGUUAAAAAGUGUGACAGAUUCCAAAGAACCGGAACAAUCAUGAAGAAGCACGAGAUGGCUCUACAAAACAUUCUAGCAGUAGAGCUUUUUGAUAUUUGGGGGAUUGAUUUCAUGGGACUGAUCCCAUACUCUAAUGGUCACAGGUACAUCUUAGUGGUGGUCGACUAUGUUUCUAAGUGGGUGGAGGCCAUUGCUCUUCCUACUAAUGACACAAAGGUAGUGGUAAGCUUUGUAAAGAAGCACAUCUUCACAUGCUUUGGGACUCAAAGAGUGUUGAUAAGUGACGGAGGAACUCACUUCUGUAACAAAUUGCUGAAUAAUGUUCUUGCAAAGUAUGGAGUUAAGCACAAGGUUUCCAUUGCCUAUCACCCCAAAACGAGUGGUCAAGUAGAAGUUUCAAACGGAGAGGUAAAGCAGAUUCUGGAGAAAACGGUAAGUGGAAAUAGAAAGGACUGGGCCGGGAAGCUGCGCGACGCAUUAUGGGCAUAUCGAACUGCAUAUAAGACUCCCAUAGCUCGUGAGAAGAGGUUGCUACAACUCAACGAGCUUGAUGAGUUUCGAUUGCACGCAUAUGAAAAUGCCGAAUUAUAUAAAGAAAAGACGAAGAGGUGGCAUGACAAGCACAUCCAACAUCGAGAGUUUGAGCUGGGUCAAGAAGUUCUCUUGUUCAAUUCGAGGUUGAAGCUUUUUCCCGUAAAGCUUAAGUCUCGUUGGGCAGGUCCUUUUGUUGUGGUAAGUGUGAGGCCUCAUAGAGCUGUGGAACUACGUGAUACAAGCUCAAGUGGUACCUUCUUGGUUGCUAUGGCUCGUGACAGUACCGCCAAAGGAAAAGGGGUAGGGAAGUCCUCUACUACUACAACCCCUCCCAAAAAAUGCAAGCACGGUGACGGUUCUUCCCGUCAAGCUAAGGGAAAGCAAGUCGCUAGCGGGUCUACGAAGCAAUCACGGCCUCGGGUGGAACUAGUGCGAGAUGACGCCAUCAAAUGGCAUGACACUUUUGUUCCAUAUGGGAGAUAUGUCUCCGAAAUGGGGAUUAAUGUAAAGGCCAUAGAACGGAACUUUCCAAAUGUACUUGCUAGAUUGGUAGAAAAAAGAUGGAUAAGCUCCUCGAAUGUCCAGGCCUUGCAAAUCUAA